AUGUCUUCUCCUUUUGAAAAUUCUUCUAAUAAAGAUAAAAAUAAAGAUCCAGAAUCAAUUGCAGUGAAUACAUUCAAGUCAUUAGCAAAAAUUCCUUCUUAUUCUUCCGCACAAAUUUUGCCUACUUCAAGCACUUCUUUACUUUUAAUUGAAACUGGACUUAGUCAACGUGACUUUACCCGAAACAUUAAACGAAAAGUUACAAAACAAUUAGUUGUGUCAAUACAAAAGAAGGAUGACGUAGAGAAUAAAGAUGAUAAACCUACUAUCAUUAGUACUUCAUCCUUACCAAUUGAUUUGGGAGAUGUGGUUUUAAAAAAACAUUCUCCCAGUGGAAAAAGAUUAAUAAGUUUACGAGCUGUGUCAGAUAAUAAAAGAUUUAUUUGGGAAAAAGGAAAUUUGGUACAUAUUCUUGAUGUGACUGAUACACAUGGAGAUUUUUAUUCUGAUGUUGGUCAAAAAUUUGAUUAUAAUCCAAGUUGGGGUGAAAGACUUGCAAAUAAAUGUAUUCCCGUAAUUAUUCAUGUUGAAGUUGCGGGUAAAAUUAUUGUUUUACCUGAAUUUGAUAAUAUUGAUCCUGGACAGAUAAUUCUCGGUCCGGAGGAUAAAACAUUAAUUUUCACUGGAUAUAAUAAAGAACCUCGUCAAUUCGGUCUGGCUGCUUGUAUUAAUAGACUUGCAGGAAUAUAUCAGUGUGAUCUUGAUGGAUGUAAUUUAGUCAUACCCAUAGUUCGAUCCCCCUCUGAAUCUUUUAAUCAAAAUUUUCCUGGUUUAUAUAACGACAGAAUUUCUUCAAAUUCAUUUGUUGUCAUUGAUGGAAAUGAAUUUCUUUUAAUGCAUAGUUAUUGGCGCAGUCGAAGAACCAUUUUAGCUCUGAAUUUAACUACAGGUCGUGAUGGUUGUGGUGGUGAUGAGAUAAUUCAAAAUUUAACUUUAACAGGAAGUUGGACUCUUUUGAAUGUUUGGAAAAAUUAUGUUAUUGCUAUUCAAGGAUUUCCUAAUAAAUUUUAUCAAUUGAAUCUUGGUGUCAUAACUGGGCUUAAUAAUGAAAAGGGUCUAAAAAUUAAUUGGACAGUUAUUGAUCAACCGAAUGUAGUAGAAGAUGUAUCAAAUAUUCUCUCCAAAUCUACUUGGUCCAUAAUUCAACCUUUUGAAGAUAAACCAAAUUUGGAAAUCAUUUUACAUCAACCAAAUAAUAUUGGAUUUGGACAAGAUUAUGUUGAAUCAUUAAUUGGAAAAAUUGGUCAUUUAGAGAUAGAGGAGGUUCAGACCACUGUCAAAUAUUUUGUUGAAAAGAAUUAUGCUGAUCCUAAUGCAAUAGCAUUGAUAGGUGGCAGUCAUGGUGGAUUUAUUUCUGGACAUUUGGUUGGAAAAUUUCCUGAUUUUUACAAGGCAUGCAUUUUAAAUAAUCCAGUAUUGAAUAUUGGAGCAAUGUCUUCCGUCACCGAUAUCCCAGAUUGGUGUUUCUCAGAAUUAGGAUUACCUUAUGAUUUAACCAGACCAUCAAUAGUUAAACCAUCAGAUUAUACUAAAAUGUAUGAAAAUUCUCCCAUUGCCAAUAUUGAUAAAGUCAAAACCCCAAUUUUAUUGCAAUUAGGUCAAAAUGAUAAAAGAGUACCUCAUAUUGAUGGAUUACAAUGGUGGUAUUAUCUUAAAGGACAACAACAAUCAAAAGGAAAAGAUGAUCAAUUUGAAAUUCGUUGUAAAAUGUAUUCUGAAACCGGUCAUUCUUUGGAUUCAAUUGAAGCUGAAGUUGGAAUAAAUUCCGAUUGCCUUAAAGAAAUUUUCGCUUACUUGGCAGAAUCGGCAAAACCUGAUAAUAGAAACUCUUCACUCUUGUAUUUUAAUAAAUCCACAAGAAAAAGAAUUGCUGGUCCUGCAUGUAAAAAGACAAAAGAAGAAUGGAAACAAGAAGAAAAUUAG